CGCAGCCUCGUGCUGCAGCUCUGCGACCUGCUGUCGGGGCUGCGCGUGCACGGCGUGGUCUUCGAGGACGACUCGCGCGCGCCCGCCGUCGCGCCCAUCCUCGACUUCCUGUCGGCGCAGACCUCGCUGCCCAUCGUGGCCGUGCACGGCGGCGCCGCGCUCGUGCUCACGCCCAAGGAGAAGGGCUCCACCUUCCUGCAGCUGGGCUCCUCCACGGAGCAGCAGCUUCAGGUCAUCUUUGAGGUGCUGGAGGAGUACGACUGGACGUCCUUUGUAGCUGUGACCACGCGUGCCCCUGGCCACCGGGCCUUCCUGUCCUACAUUGAGGUGCUGACUGAUGGCAGCCUGGUGGGCUGGGAGCAUCGUGGGGCACUGACGCUGGAUCCUGGGGCGGGUGAGGCAGUGCUGGGUGCCCAGCUCCGCAGUGUCAGUGCCCAGAUCCGCCUACUCUUCUGUGCACGCGAGGAGGCUGAGCCCGUGUUCCGGGCUGCCGAGGAGGCUGGUCUCACUGGGCCUGGCUACGUCUGGUUCAUGGUGGGGCCCCAACUAGCUGGAGGUGGGGGCUCAGGAGCCCCGGGGGAGCCCCUUCUUCUGCCAGGAGGGGCCCCACUGCCUGCAGGGCUGUUUGCAGUGCGCUCGGCUGGCUGGCGGGACGACCUGGCUCGGCGUGUGGCAGCUGGGGUGGCUGUUGUGGCCAGAGGUGCCCAGGCCCUACUGCGUGACUAUGGUUUCCUGCCUGAGCUUGGCCAUGACUGUCGUGCCCAGAACCGCACCCACCGAGGGGAAAGUCUACAUAGGUACUUCAUGAAUAUUACCUGGGAUAACCGGGAUUACUCCUUCAAUGAGGAUGGCUUCCUGGUGAACCCCUCCCUGGUGGUCAUCUCCCUCACCAGAGACAGGACUUGGGAGGUGGUGGGCAGCUGGGAGCAGCAGACCCUCCGUCUCAAAUACCCGCUGUGGUCCCGCUAUGGCCGCUUCCUGCAGCCAGUGGAUGACACGCAGCACCUUAUGGUGGCCACUCUGGAGGAGAGGCCCUUUGUCAUCGUGGAACCUGCUGACCCCAUCAGUGGCACUUGCAUCCGAGAUUCUGUCCCCUGCCGGAGCCAGCUCAACCGCACCCACAGCCCUCCGCCGGAUGCUCCCCGCCCAGAGAAGCGGUGCUGCAAGGGCUUCUGCAUCGACAUUCUGAAGCGACUGGCACACACUAUCGGCUUCAGCUAUGACCUCUACCUGGUCACCAAUGGCAAGCACGGGAAGAAGAUUGACGGCGUCUGGAACGGCAUGAUCGGGGAGGUGUUCUACCAGCGUGCGGACAUGGCCAUCGGUUCGCUCACCAUCAACGAGGAGCGGUCCGAAAUCGUAGACUUCUCUGUGCCCUUCGUGGAGACCGGCAUCAGCGUCAUGGUGGCACGCAGCAAUGGCACCGUGUCCCCUUCUGCCUUCCUUGAGCCCUACAGCCCCGCCGUGUGGGUGAUGAUGUUCGUCAUGUGCCUCACGGUGGUUGCUGUCACUGUUUUCAUCUUUGAGUACCUCAGUCCUGUCGGCUACAACCGCAAUCUGGCCACUGGCAAGCGCCCUGGCGGCUCAACUUUCACCAUUGGGAAAUCUAUCUGGCUGCUCUGGGCCCUGGUGUUCAAUAACUCAGUGCCUGUGGAGAACCCCCGAGGGACCACCAGCAAAAUCAUGGUGCUGGUGUGGGCCUUCUUCGCCGUCAUCUUCCUCGCCAGCUACACAGCCAACCUGGCUGCCUUCAUGAUCCAGGAGGAGUACGUGGACACCGUGUCUGGGCUCAGUGACCGAAAGUUCCAGCGGCCCCAAGAGCAGUACCCGCCCCUGAAGUUUGGGACAGUGCCUAACGGGUCCACGGAGAAGAACAUCCGCAGCAACUACCCCGACAUGCACAGCUACAUGGUGCGCUACAACCAGCCGCGUGUAGAGGAGGCGCUCACUCAACUCAAGGCAGGGAAGCUGGACGCCUUCAUCUAUGACGCGGCUGUGCUGAACUAUAUGGCUCGCAAGGACGAGGGCUGCAAGCUGGUUACCAUCGGCUCGGGCAAGGUCUUUGCCACCACAGGCUAUGGCAUCGCCCUGCAUAAGGGGUCCCGCUGGAAGCGGCCCAUCGACCUGGCACUGCUACAGUUCCUGGGGGAUGAUGAGAUUGAGAUGCUGGAGCGGCUGUGGCUGUCAGGGAUCUGCCACAAUGACAAGAUUGAAGUCAUGAGCAGCAAGCUGGACAUAGACAACAUGGCGGGUGUCUUCUACAUGCUGCUGGUAGCCAUGGGCCUGUCUCUUCUAGUCUUUGCCUGGGAGCACCUGGUGUACUGGCGCCUGCGGCACUGUCUGGGGCCCACUCACCGCAUGGACUUCCUGCUGGCCUUUUCCAGGGGCAUGUAUAGUUGCUGCAGCGCGGAGGCCGCUCCGCCCCCCGCGAAGCCCCCGCCGCCGCCUCAGCCUCUGCCCAGCCCUGCGUACCCCGCAGCCAGGCCACCCCCCGAACCACGCAAAUUUCUUCCGAGGGAAUAG